CUUCCGGUCCUCUCUUCGUUCAAGGCAUUUGACAAUUCUUCCCCUGAACGUUGAACCUUAUCUCCACCUCCAUCAUGGCAAAAGCCCUUCGCUUCACUCUUUUGUGGGCAGGGGCCGUUGCCCUUCUUCACUUCACCCUGUUUGUGUGUGGCUCAGCCUUGCCCUCGUCUGCUGAUGCCCCCCUCAAAGCAGCCUUGGUGACCCUCGUCCAGGAAGAUGAUAUCAGUGCCACUCUCUUCAGUAUUCAACAGAUUGAGGACAAGUUCAACAACCGCCACUUGUACGACUGGGUUUUCUUUAGCGUCCAGGAUCUUCCAGAGAGGUUCAAGGAGCUCACUUCCAACGCUACCAAUGCUACUUGUAUCUUCGAGGUUAUUCCAGAGGAGAACUGGAACAUGCCUGGUUGGACUGAUCACUCCCAACUUUCGGGCUCUCACGAAAUCAACUCUGACUGCAACCCAAAGACCUUUAAACCCCUCGCCGACAUCCGCCAGAUGAAGCGAUGGAGCUCGGCCCCCUUUGCUAACGAGCGACGUCUCCGCAACUAUGAAUGGUUCUGGAGAGUAGAGCCAGGCGCAUCUUUGAGCCAGGACAUUCCUUUUGAUGUCUUCCGUUACAUGCGAGACAACGGUAUUGCUUAUGGCUUCAACCGAGCUGUCCUUGGCCAAGCCAACUUGUACCAUCUCUCUCGCGUCAAGUCUUUCAUUGACAAGCACCCAGAGCUCCUUCACGAAGAGGCUGAUAUCACAUGGCUUAUUGAAAACGGCACAGGUCUCACUAUUCAGUCAAGCUCAUCGGAUGACAGCUAUGAAGGAUUGGUAGACGAGGGCAGUGACAAACUGAGGUCGCGGAUCAUUUAGGAGAGCCGCCCUAGUGGUCAACGCAGCUCGGACACUAAUAGGUCACAGGAUGAGACGGCUCACGACAGAAAUACCAAGAAUGAAGGGAAGGGAGCAUCUUGGAUUGGUGGGUCCUUUGCGACUUGGCUAAGUGAAGUUUACGGCAACAGUCUUUAUCCAACGUUUGACAUUGGAUCCCUAGCUUUCUUCCGCAGCCCUCAUCACACUGCCUUCUUCCACCACCUCGACAGUGCGGGCGACUUUCAGUAUCGCCGAGUCGACAAUGUCCCGGUGCACAGCUUGAGCGCGAGUAUGUUCCUGCCUCGGGAGAGCGUCUGGAACUUUGGCACUAAGAAUAUGCAACUUCGCACCCAACUUAAUAUCCAGCCAACCGGAAUUGGAGCUAUUCCAGAUGGUGAUCAACGCAUCGUGGACUAUGAAAACACUGACUCAGGCAACAGUGUCAAGCACAAGAAUGAUGCUGAAGAGGAAAAGAAAUCGUUUCACGAAAACUGGGAGUCAAUGACACCGGACGUGAGCGAACAGUCCGAGAACCCGCACUUGAUAUCAGGCAAUACGUGGAUGGGGAAGGACGUGGCGGAUGAAGCUGAAGGAUGUAGUUUUUUUUGGUUUUGGGAGCAAGUUCUAGCUGGAUUUUCAGGAUUUGCAGGAUAUGGGUGGGAAACAGAUUUUAGUUGUUUGCAAGAUGAUUGAAGGGACAACUUAGGAUCAGGGUACGACAUGUACAGACAAUUGGGCUCACCGCCUCGCGGGUCGAGGCAGCACAAAGAGAAGAUGAG